AUGCCGUGGUCAGAUUAUCGUCCUUAUGAAAUAGUCAAACAGCCUCGCCAUGCACCAGAAGAAUAUAAGCCCAAAGCUGGGGAGAUUGAUCUUGGUACUACCUACAAACGGGAUUUUAAUUCUUAUAAAGUACAGCCUGUGUCGAUAGUCCGGCCUUUGGAAAGACAAGUUAAAAGAGGAAAGUUGGAAACUGUCCCUACCUAUAAAGAUGAUUAUAGGGCUUGGGACAUUCAGAAAAGUGAACUAUAUAAGCCAGAAGACACUUACCAGCCCCCUACUGUGAAAUUUGGAAAUUCAACUACAUUUCAGGAUGACUACAUUCCUCAGGAGAUAAAACCCAGGCAAAGCUUUAAACCAACCUUUGCAGUCAAGCGUUCCACAGUCCCUUUUCAUGGUGACACAAGCCAUCGCCUGGAUUAUGUCCCACAUCCACUAGAAUUCAAGUCUGCAAGGCCCAGAGAAGUUUAUAAGCCAGCCAGCCAAGCACUUGAGUCUGUCACAACACACCGCCAAGACUUUCAAGGUCUUGUCGGUGAAAUGGCUAAAAUCUGCAAACCUGCAUACAAUAGAGUGACCCAAAACGCUCAGUUUGAAGGAAGUACUGAGUUCCAAGACAGUUUCCAACCCUGGGAAAUCCCACCCCCUGUAGUCAAGAAGGCAGCGGAGUAUGUCCCACCUACAGGUACCAUGCAGUUAAACAGCACAAGUCAACUUGACUACGUUCCCUACCAGGUCCACCGUGUGGCUGCCAUAAGACCAGUUUCUCAUAGAAGGAACAACAAUGCUCCUUUCCAAGGGAAAAGCACCACGAAAGAAGAUUUCCCGGCCUGGGAAAGUUGUCGUCAAGGAAUUGUUAAGAGGCAACAGCAGAUUCCCAACCCAUCUGGAAAAUUUGACGGUCUGAGCACUUUCCAAUCUCACUAUGUGCCCCAUGAACUGAUUCCCACAGAGAGCUGCAGGCCUGUAAAUGCUGCUCUGUCGAGCUCUAUCCCGUUUGACGAUGUGACCAUGUACUCCGUAGAAUACACACCCAAGAAGCAGGAAAUCUGCCCUGCCAGCUAUCCCUCACCUCCAGGGUAUAUAUUUGAAAAUACAGAUUCCCAAGGUCAUAAAUUCUUCCGCAAGAUCACUCCCGCAGUGAAGGCCUUCUAA